AUGACUACAGAUAAUUUGAACAUGCUAUAUAUGUACAAUACUGAUGAUAUAGGAGACUUAGCUCGAGGGGGAAAGAACCGGGGAGUUCCUCAGAUCAGAUCAGGUGCAUUUCGAGGAAGUGAAAAGGUGUUUGGCGAUACAGACGCGAGGGUAUAUCAGGGUAAGAUGAAUCAAGCCACUGAAAAGGCAAAAGUUGCAAUUGACAUGAAAAACCCAAACAGGAAUGAAGACACAAGGGUACUACAAACCAAUAGUGGAGGGGGGAAAAAAGAAGUUGUUCAAAUGGACGCAAAGGGUGACGAACUCAAGUCAAAAUAUUUAUCCUCCAACCUGGAAUACAGCGAAAGUGUAGUUGCAAACUUGGUGAAACGUGAAAAUAUAGUUCAUCCUGAUAAUGCUGCUCUCGGCGUAAAUUCAACGCAUCAGAAAAAGGGACAUAAUGACCAACUGUACACACUAACUAAUGAAGAGUUGAAGCUCUUCCUAGAAAAAAGUCCACCAUGGGGGAUGCCAAUCAGCAGGGAGCGGCACGACAGCCAUUCAGGUGGUACCUUUUGCAAAGCUGGGUCGGAAGUAAUAUGCCCUGUAAAAGGUGUAACCCGUUUGGGGCCCAUUUGUGGACGUAAUGGAUCCUUCCAUGUGCCACUUCCACAUGAAGAGGAAGAGGAGAAGAAAUUGUUCGUAAAGGGAAAUUUAAAUGGAACCCCCUCGUACAGAUCACACGAAGAGCCACGGGUUACGCGCAGUAGGCACUCUGAAGCGAUGGACAAAGCGACGUGCCAGCAAACACAUAUGGGGAGAGCUUCACCCCAUGUUGAUUAUAAUAAUGUGAACGGAGGAACAUUCCACGUGUCCAGUGAAAGAAAAGGAGGAACCAGAGAGAAAUAUUCAUGGGGUGUAAAUUGCAAAAGUGUCUAUACACAUGGGUCGGAAAAAUGGGUAGGCCGAAGCGGUCCCAUGGUGGGCCAUCCCAAAUUACUCCAAAAUUUCCCCCACGGAACGGGUAACCCCCUUAGUUAUGAAAAUGAAGACGUCGCUGAGGAGGAGACACCCCGAGUGGCAUCACCAACCCGCGCAGAUGAACCACAUAUCGCUGUGGCGCGAGAAGCACCAAUGACAAAUAAGCGGCGUGGCAAUUCUUUAUCUAUUAAAAAUUCACCAAGUGGAAGCACUAAUCGGGAGGACAACAGGGGUAAUCGGGCGAGCGGUAAAAACAGACCAGAGGGGGAACAUGACAUGGGGCAAAGUUAUUUGGGGGUGCGGACGAACGCCAAACAUAUGAAAGAAUUACAUAACCCGUUCGAGGGUUCGAGUGGCAUAAUGUUUAGCGCACAUAAUUCAUUUUUGUCAUCGAGGGUGCAGAAGAAGCAGUGUUACAAUGAUGCGAGCGGUGGUCGCGUGGUGAUUAAUUCUUUGGAGGGCCAUAAAAAUGGGCAGUUGCGCGGCUACCCAGGAAAUUUGCCCGUGUGGAAAAAACAGGAAGUGAAAAAGGGAGUGAAAAACAAAGCGAAAGGGGAAGGAAAAGGGGAAGUAAGAAACACGGGGGGGAAAAAAAAGAGAUGUCAAAUUACCCGUAGUGCACUAGAAGUGGAAAUUACCCCUUUUGCAAAGGCGAGUGGUGGCGCUGUAAAUUCCUCGACGGUUUUAAUCGCGGAGAGUAGGUCGCGCGCAGUGUGCAUCGCCAGGGUUGGAAGCGCACAAAGCGAGGAAAGGGAAAAAAGUGAAAGAAUUGUCGCAUUUGGCCAAGUGAGCGGCCAUAUUACUACUGGUGUAACGGGCAGGGAACUCGCUCAGCCCAGCAACUGCUGCCGUGGCACCGCAUGUGCUACUCCCUCGGGUCACAGUGAUGCGCAAAAAAAAAAGUGUCUCCACGAGGGGGGCCUUGUCGCGCGGGGUGUCGUUUCAAAUUGUGGUAAGGGCAAUCGGUGCGGCGGAAAAAUGGGCAAUGAAUGGGAAGCUGGCAACGGGGGCAGUGGCACCAGUGAUAGUAGCGACCGCGUUGACCGUUCUAACCGCUCCAAUCGCUCUAACCAUUCUAACGGAUCCAAUCACUCUAACCGCGCGAACCGCGCUAAGCGUAGUGGUGACGACACUCGAAGCAGUUGCGGGAACCCUUUCAGCAGCACACUGCGUUCAAAUGUCGAGGAAAAUCGGGGGGGGCGCCACCCUGAGUUAGCAGAACAUUUUUUUUCCACGCACCUCUGGCGUAGAAUUAACAGCAAUAAUUCGUUUAACAUGUUGACAAAUUCUUCCAACUGGAGGGACUUGCGAAAUGGAGAAAGUGAAGUAAACCGCUGCGAUGAAGUAAUUCCACGGGACAGCGAGCGGAUGGGCCGCAUGGCGGAUGGCGAUGUGCAGAGCCGGGUCCCCCUGGGUAAGUGCUAUAAUGGAAAGUACAUACCACGUUCUGGUGAUGUUCCCGGGGAGGGCCCCAGUUGUGAUAGCGUGAAUCUCCCGAGUAAUGACGAAGACGUACUAAAUAGGUUGGACGUGAUGUGCAAGUGCAGCAGCCUCGGGGGGCAGCAGCAUCAUCGUGAGCAGCAGCAGACCUUCUCCAGCAACGAGAUUCUAGUGAAGGACAUCGAAGAGUUUAAAAUGGACAAACUUUUUUUUGAAGAAAUUUACACAUACAGGAUAAACGAAAGGAGCGACGAGGAUGGAGCGAUUCGAAGCAGCGGCAUCGAUAAUGGGGGCCGCAUGGGUAGGGGGAGCAACGUGGCCGGCAUGAACCCCUUUGAAGACCGCCUCGGACAAGUGCCCAGAAACUUACUCUGGGACGAAGCGGUGCGAGGGGCAGAUUUGGCCAAAGUGGUACUAAACAAAAGUUGCUACGAACAAAUAAAUGAUGAGGUAAAAAAUUUGAUGACGGAAGAAGACGAGUACCAAGUGGAGAUGAAGGUGGGGUUGAUGUUCCGUAAGUACAUUUCCAUUGUGAUCACUCUGGCUUGCAACUACUUGCUCAUUAAGCUCAAUGAUAAAAAUAUAAUAACGUGCAUUCCGUAUAGAAAUAUUUUAAACGUGAGUAUAGUUAAGAGGAGUAAGAAGAAGAAGGAGAGGUACCAAUUCAAAUUGGUAUACAUUUUUAAAAAGAAGGAUGGGUAUGAAAAGAAUGUCGCUUUGCUGUUUCGAUCGAGCAACAUGGAAGUGUUUGAACAGAUUAGCGGCAAAAUAGAACCCACUUGGAGAGGGAACCAGGUUAGAUGUAAGGAGUAUCUGACGAUAGAAUCCGUUUACUCCUACAUGGUGGAGAAGCACAAAAUGCUUUACCUACUCUAUUUGAAGCAUCUACUGCAGAUAGUCGAUAGGGUAUGUAGACGGCACGUUUUGAAGUGUGCCUUUAAUGCAUUGCAAACUAAAUGUUAUUACGAGAAGGAAAUUGAACAAGGAAAGAAGCAAAGAGAAAAGGCAUUGAAAAAUUUGGUAGAUCAGGUACAAUUUUAUUUACGAAAAAAAAUGCAAAGUUAUUUUAAUUUUCUAAUGAUAAAAAGUUACGAAACGAAUUUUGUAAGCUACCAAGUGAAGACAAAUAAUUUGUUAUUCAAUUUGUUGGUGAAGGAAAAAAGUAGCUACCAAGAAAUGGUAGACAAACAAAGUCUCCUCCUUUUAUUUCAUAUCCUUUCCAAUUUAUACAAAAGAAAGAUGAGUUGUUACUUUCAACAUUUUGUACAUAAGAAUAGAACCCUAAGUCGGAGGAAGAAUGCAAUUUGUUAUUCACUUACUCGUGUGAAUAGUAUAUUGACCAACUACGAACGAAGGAUAAAAGGAUUCGUUUUGUCCAAGUUAAUAUUCCACUACGAUUAUGUAACUAAUUUUGUCUUCAUCAUGUAUAAGGUAUACCUGCGUCGAGUAUUCCUCGGUUACAUUCGGUUGCGGGAUAAUCGAAUUGGCAAGAAGGUCUCCAUUGAGAAAAAUGUCUUUCGAAUAGUCAGAGUCAUUUCUAGGAUGGUCCAACGUCAGAAGUAUUACGCCUUUUUGCAAAUACAAAAAUAUUUUUUUCAUGAAAUGGGCAAGAAGAAUAAAAUCGUUUGUGAUAAUUUAAUGUAUGCCAAUAACGAGUUGUGUCAACACUUGGACAAAACAACGUUGGAGAAGGGAAUUCACAGGGCAGAGUGUUUUUACAAAUUUAAGAUGAAGGAGUCCUUGUUAAAGUACUUCUUCCUAUUGAGGGGUCCACAUGUAGGAAAUAUAGUGCAGGCGAAUACUCCCGUGUUGAAACACUGUGGGGUUUUUUGCUACAUUUUGAAUAAACACAUGCAGAGAAAAGUGCAAGACUGGUUCUUCCUCUUCGUAUUGAAAUCGUAUCAACAUAAUAAUAGGAGUAGACUUCUAUACGCCACAAACACUUUGGAAGUGCUGCUAACCAGGAAGGAACAAUCCCAUGUCAUGCACCUCCUAAGGAUGAACGAAGCUUAUCCUCGUCUCUUCCAAUAUAGACAUUUGACCAAGAUUGAAAUUUUCACUCAAUGCUUGAAUCAUUUUGUUACCUUUUGCAAUAGAAAAUGGCUACUGAAUUUUCUCCUCAAAUUACAUUAUUUAAAAUAUCAGGAGCGCAUCAUCAAAGUGUAUAAAUGUAUAGACAGUCUGUAUAAAUUCGUGCGUGUGGUUAACAAGCAAAUGCUUACAUGUGUGGAGUCUCCCUUCCAGUUACUCCUCCUCAAUGCGCGUGUCCAAGGGGAGAAAUUGUUUGCGGAAAAAUUGAAGGCCACAAAAAAGACGCAGCUUAAAUUUAAAUAUUCCAAGGCGACCUCUUCGCCUUUGGUGACGUCUGACCCCCACAGCCUCUUCACGCGGUACCCUUACCUGUUUUGCAACUCGGACAUAUCUCCUGAGCGCACCACCACCAUGGCUGAUGAUAAAUAUUCCCUUGUCUCCGACACUGCGUCCAAUAUCCUUUCCUACGCCUACGAAGACAUGGACAAGAUUAAGCGCAAAAUUCACGACUUCAACACCCGAAUGAGCAACGUCAAUUUGUAG